UGCAUUAUGCCAACUACUUCCGUCUGAACAGCAAAACACUAACUUUAGCCGAAGUCAGCACAGACUAUACCGCCUGUCACUACGAGUUAUAGCGACUUGGUCACAGAAUAGUUUCAUAUUUAGGACAGUGGUAACAGUAUCGCUUCAAUGGCUUUAGAAACCGAAAAGCUCUUGUCUUAUUCAUAAUGUGAAUUACGUAGCCAAGAUUAGCUAGCUAACCUAGCUAGCAAAACUAGCUUGCCAACCAGCCAGCAGGCUGAUGUUAGGUGGUAACUGUUAAACAAUUAUUUUCCCUAGAAGCCAGAAUGUAUACGCUAUUGUCGGGUUUGUAUAAAUACAUGUUUCAGAAGGACGAGUACUGUAUCUUGAUUCUCGGACUGGACAAUGCAGGAAAAACAACCUUCUUGGAACAAACCAAGACUAAAUUUAGUAAAAAUUACAAAGGAAUGAGUCUCUCGAAGAUCACGACAACAGUUGGUCUAAACAUUGGCACCAUUGACGUCGGGAAAGCUCGUUUGAUGUUUUGGGACCUUGGAGGCCAAGAAGAGUUGCAGUCAUUGUGGGACAAAUAUUAUGCAGAGUCUCAUGGCGUGAUCUAUGUUAUUGACUCAACUGAUGAAGAACGACUGACUGAAUCAAAGAAUGCAUUUGAAAAAAUGAUCAGCAGUGAGGUUUUGGAAGGAGUACCGCUUCUUGUGCUAGCCAAUAAACAAGAUGUAGAGAACUGCCUGUCUGUCCCUGACAUUAAGACGGCCUUUAGUGACUGUGCCCCAAAGAUUGGGAAACGGGACUGUCUCGUUCAGCCCUGCACUGCUUUAACAGGGCAAGGAGUGAACGAAGGCAUUGAAUGGAUGGUAAAGUGCGUGAUCCGGAACAUUCAUCGGCCUCCUAGACAAAAGGACAUCACAUAAGCACCUCUCCUAUGAUCUCACCGUUAGUGUGAAUGUGUGUAUGUGUGUCGGCUUGUGAUAGUGAGUCUGUGGAAAGAACAAUAUGACAGAAAUCUGGAAUUGCAGGUUUAUCUGUUUGUGUGUCUGUGCCAGCUGGUCUGUAUUCUGUGGCCAGUGUUACAGGGAUUCAGACUUCCUCCUUCCCAUUCAUAUGGCUUUUUAACUGUGAAAUUCUCAGCAGACAGUUUUGUGAAAGUCAAAAAAAAAAAAAGACAAAUAAUGUCAGUCUAAGGUGGUGGGAGAUAUGAAAACCAGGACACCCAGCGAUCCAGUCUAAGGUGGUGGGAGACAUGAAAACUAGGAGACACAGGGCCCCCCAGGUUCCUUGUUCAUUCCUGUCAUUGACAUCACACUAAUGAGACAAGAGAGAUCCUGUUUGGUGGCUUUUGAGAUGACUGUGGUGUGAUUCUAUUAAUAUCUCCAUCAAUAUGAAUAAGUACUUUGUAUUUUGCAGUGGUAUCUCAAAUCAGUCCUGUCAAUCUAAAUUCCUGAUGGUCUGAAUACAUUUUUCCAGCACUGUCUUGCUCUGCUAAAAGUUAAUAAUCAAGUCUGAUUUUUCUCAGUUGAUAAGAUGGGCCCAACUGAAAUAUAAACACAAUUUCAGGUACUUCUGGCAACAGGAUUGCUGUGUCCAUUUCCUUGAGUGAGUGAAGUUUGGAGCAGUUUUAUCAUACAAGUGGUAUUGGAAAUUACGUGGUGCUUCUCCAUCCCCUCCUGUGUUCUUGGACACAGCAUGUACACAGCUGAUUACUGUUAUGACGUGCAGGUUCCAAAUCCACCCUCCCUUUGUUGGUCCUGUGUACCACAGCCAGAGAUGAACUCACCUUUUGCCAACCUUUGAUUUACUGACAUUAUAUUUAACUUGACGAUUCUUUAAGCUCUUUCUUGGAAUUUAAUUUGACUUUACAGUGAGGUCUUGUGUAAAAUUACAGCCCCAAUCACACUUUAUUUGUAUAUCCUCCUUUAUGUUACAACAAGCCAAAACAAAACUGUAGUCACCAGUCCCUAAUACACCAAAAAAGUCACCUACCCAUUCCUAUGUCCACAUAAAUAAGGAUCUGUCUCAGUAUGUCCUGAGUUCAAGUGAACGGUGGAACCUAUAGUCUGUUGUUCCUCUGAGGCCAAUGGGAUUCUGUUUUCUAUAUUAGCCUUUUGUCUAUUUGUGUAUACUUUACCCUUCUAUAAUGUUCAUAGAUUUUUCAUGGUAUUCAAGAAAUUAUGUAAUAAACAGUCAUUUGCAGACCUGUGAAA